CGUGUACUUCGACUUCACUACAACCUUGGAUAACAGAAAGACGAGUUUGCGGAUCUACACGGCUAUGAUACUCAGGUGACAGCUUUUUUGCCUUAUUUGUUCUCACAUUAGAGGCUGUUUAAGGGCCCUUCAGCCAUGGACGUCACGCUUUUGUUCAAUGAUUACCUGACGGCCAAAGGAGCGAAGCCAGUAUUACAAGAGCCUUUCGAGGUCUCAAAAUUAAAUGGCUUCAUGAACGAUGCUUAUCGCAUUAAUGCACUCCUCAAUGACCUGGUACGCUACCUACGCGUCAUACGAUCGCCAUAUCUGGCACUUCAAGUGCACCGGAACAGAUCCAAGGGACUUAGUAAUCCAACGAAAGCGGAUCAUGUCCAGCCGUUUACAGAACAGCAACGCAAAGAUGUCGACGAAGCCUUGAAGAAGCAGUUGAAGCAGAUCGAUAUAAGCCUAGAACAACUGGCGAAGGACGCCGAAAUGGAUCUCGAAGUCAAGUAUGCCAUCCGCGCCAAAAAGCAGGAGAGGAAGGGGUUUGGGCGGCUGGGACGAUGGGCUGCAGGUGGCGGCGCCUUAGAAAAGAGCCCGGAAGAGCUGGAGGAGGAUGCCAAAUUUGAAACAGAGAAAGCGCAUAGAGACGGUGUCAUCUUCUCUCUUCGCAUGCGGCUUCAGCAAGCGGGAAAGGUUCAAGAGAGCAUUGCGUCGACGCGUCUCAGCAGAGAAAUUGAGCACAGCCAGAAUAUCCUGUCAAGGUCGCGGAGCGAUCGCUUCCAGGCCGAGUUCCCCACAGCAUCCGCGUCCUCCACUGGUCAGCCCAUGACUGCGCUUGAAAUUGACCUUGAAGCUGAGCAAGCGUCGCGUCAAGAGCGAGAGCAGAUUAGAAAGGAUCUCGAAUCUCAGAUGACGCCUGCGCAGCUGCAACAAUUGCAAUCUGAAGAAACCACCAUGUUGAGACACUACAACGCUGAGCUGGCUAAAAUACAACGUGCACAGGCGUCCGUGCUUGAAAUCUCGAAUUUGCAGACCGAGCUGACUAUGCAUUUAAACCUUCAGGCCGAAGGAAUCAGUCAGUUAGUGAGCGACAGUUUUGAAAUUGGAUCCAAUGUGGCCGAGGGAAAUCGACAGCUCGAGAAGGCCAAUGAAAGAUUUAGGCCUGCACAGUGGGCAUUUUAUGUGGCAGUCGGUACAGGCGCCUUCCUCGUGUUAUGGGACGCGAUAUUUUAGGACAAUGGGAACAUGACAUUGAGUAGGAGAAGUGAGUUCUAUGCGGCGCAUAUUCAAUCAACUUCCGAUCAGUAUUGCAAGGCAUUAAGAACUUGGAGUUGUUAGAGAAGAGAUCACUGUUUGCGUGUAUUGUGACGGAAUUGGCGAUGCUCAUCAUGUCAAAGCUCUGAACUGCCAUGUCUAUUUACUGUGCAAGAUUUGUUCCCAGAACUUUUAGCGAGGUGAUCCAGAGAUUAUAGAUGUUUCUCAGGAUCACAACAGAUAUAAUAUCACCAUUAUGCCUACCAGUAU